AUGUCUGAUUCGAGAAACGCAGAAGACCACACCAGCCGACGUGAGGGCAAUGACGAUUUCGAUCGCAUUUCCAUUGAUGAUGAGUCUUUCGAAGAGACUCUAGCUCCAUCUUUGAUAUCUGUGCGAUCAAGCAUCCGUGAUUACCCAAAGGAGAAUGGACGCACAUAUCACAGGCUAAGCGAAGGAAAAUACAUUCUCCCCAACGACGCUGUGGAACAAGACCGAUUAUAUCUGCAACACCAAGUGUGGCUGUCAACAUGGCGCGACCAACUUUGCAUGAGCCCGAUGCAGGAAAACGCAAAGCGAGUGCUUGAUAUAGGAACGGGCACUGGUCUCUGGGCGAUAGAGUUUGCUAACAAUGCUGCAGCGGAUCUCCAUCCCGAAGCAACGGUUCGAUGGCCUACCGACUCUUCCCCUCUCCAACAAAGUACUAACAUGACAAAGGUCACAGGCAUUGACCUGAGUCCGAUCCAACCUGACUACGUCCCGCCAAAUUGCAUCUUUGAAAUCGAAGACGCAGAUAAAGAUUGGAGAUGGACUAUCCCGUUCGAUUUCAUCUUCGUGCGACACAUGAACUCAUGCUUCGAAAGUUGGGAAAAGUUGCUUGCUCAAGCGUUCGAGCAUCUUGAACCUGGAGGUUAUAUCGAGCUACAAGACAACGCCUUCCCCAUACAAUGCCCGGACGACAGCAUGCCGGAGCACAGCGCCAUUGCAAGGUGGUCUUCGUUACUAGUAGAAGGCACAAACAGGAUCGGCCGGCCCAUCGACACGCCGUCGAGGUUCAAGCAGCUUCUAGAAGAGGCCGGAUUUGAAGACGUUGUCGAGCACAAGAAGAUCUGGCCCGUCAGCCCUUGGCCGGCCAACAAGAGGUUGAGAGAGAUGGGAUGGUGGUCGCAGGCGGCAGCCAUAGCGGGCCUCGAAGUUUCCACGCUUGCGUUAUUCACACGCGUCCUGGGCUGGAGUAAGGAAGAGGUUCAAGAGUUCUGCGAAGAGGUGAAGGAAGAACUGCUGGACACAUCUGUUCACGCAUAUUUCAACGUAUAUUGUGUUUAUGGGAGAAAACCGUACUAUGCCUAG